UCAAAAAAGCUUAUAAACAUUAUAAUUUAAUAUCUAUAAAAUUUCGUUCAUUCAAAAAAGCAAAACCACAUUAAAUAGAUCAAACUAGGAACAUACCCACCAUUCCAAUUUAUAAAAAUAUUGAUGAGCAUGUUGAACAAUUGGGAAAGGAGUUGAAUUCCUAUAAAACGACGCCGUACGGGAACAAACGAUGGUCUUAAAUGACGACGCGCUCCGACGUGCGAACGUUUACCCCCAUCCGGAGAAACCACAAAGCACAAGCGUGUAUUCAGCCGUUCCGUCGCACUCCUGUCCAAUCAGAUUCCGCCGGUGAGCUGCUUUAUCUUCACUCGCAGGUGAUCCGAUCAGUGCACCGUCCUGAAACACAACAAAUAUCAAAUCGAACGAUAAUCUCAUCGUCCGAAGACGGAAGAGGCAGAGUGCUGCGAUUGCUGGUGUCGCAGAGAGAGAGAGAGAGAUCGAAUUCACCAACCGAGGAGAGAGCGGUUUCAGAGAGAGAAAUCAGAAGACGAUCGACAGAAUCGUUCUUUUUCCGUUUUGGUUCUCAAUGGCGGCGUCUAUUAAAUAUCUCGCAUGGUUUUGCAUGUUCGCAACGGCAUCUUCGAUUCGAUUUGUUUCAUCGGCGUCAUCUCUGGCCACGUGUGAUCCUCUGUCCAAUCCCGUCCUGUACAACCUCCAGCUUCAAUGCCCUCUCUCGAUCUCGCCAUCUUCGCCUAUUGAGAUGGAUGGAGAAUCUCUUGACAGAGCUUUGGCUUUCAGUUCAAGAAAUGUAUACACUGCCGUACUCUUCUAUGCUUCCUGGUGUCCAUUUUCACGUGAUAUGCGGUCCAAAUUUGACAUGCUUGGUUCCAUAUUUCCUCAAAUCACACAUCUGGCAGUUGAACAGUCUUCAGCCAUGCCAAGUGUAUUUUCAAGACAUGGAAUUCAUAGUGUACCCUCAUUAUUGAUAGUGAAUGAUGGUGCAAGUGUCCGGUUCAAUGGUCAAAGGAAUCUAGACUCUCUCAUGUGCUUCUAUGUGAAAACAACAGGACUUGGGCCGGUGGGAUAUUGGGCUGAAGGUAUACCUAAUCUCUAUGAUUCUCGAAAGGAAGUUGUGUGGCCAAUGAACAUGUCAUCAAUGAAGGAGUUUGCCAUCAAGGAACCCUACAUAGUAUUCUCACUCCUGUUCCUUGUUUUAAGGGCAAUCCUACAUUUCAUCCCGGGGAUAUUGUCUCGUCUCACAGCCUUAUGGGUCUCAUAUCUUCCUCAUCCAAACUUGGGAAUUUUCGGAGAAGCAAGUCAGUUUGUGGGGCGCAUUCUCCACCUGAUUGAUGUGAAGAGGGUGUUGAGCAAGCUGAAGCUAUGUAAAACGAGGAAUUUCCAUGACCGAGCUAGAAGUGCCCGGGUUUGGGCUUCAUCCCUGGCCUCGGUCUCAUUGGGCAAGACAAGAGCAUCUCCCCUGGGGAUUUCAUAAGAUUCGAACUAGAUGGAUGUUUUUGGCAUGGAACAGGAUCCUGUGAUGCUUGGGAAGUCUUUGCUCCACCUCUUUUCUACUUUUAGCUUUAAUUUUUCACGAAAUGGAUCAGUUCUUCCUCCUGCUCCUCUUUUUCUUCUGUCUUUUUCCUUUUUUCUUUCUUUUUUCUUUUUCAUUUAAGGUAGCCUAAGAACUGGUGCUGGUGUCCUUUGGGGAGGUUGGAAGUGGAGCAAGAGAGCUAAUCUGCUGUGUAAAUUGAAUACAUUUUAAUCUCUUCUGUAUAUUACUUAGCAUACUUCUGAACAAAAAUUAGGGUUUUGUAGAAUUAACAGUCCUUUUAUUUUUACAUGGUUUAUGAUGUGAGGCUAUUGUCUAAUGAUCAAGCUUGUGUGUUUAUUGCAUCA